ACCGGUCCUCGACUCCUGUUUUCCCAUCAAUCAACGUAUAAAAAGCCGAUCGGGAAUCCAGACCGACAUUCACCAAUUUUCAUGUUCAUCGACGCAGCUCGCUCACUGCUGGUUCAGUCUCCCAAGGUUACACAUCAUGAGCCCGUAGACUCACCAGAAUUCUGGUGCAAGAUUGCUAUCAGUGCGAUUCUCGUCCUCGCAGGUGGAGUGUUCUCCGGGCUUACACUCGGGCUUAUGGGUCUUGAUGAGCUUCAUCUCCGCGUCCUCGCAACUUCCUCUGAUGACAUCGCCGAACGGGAAAACGCUCAGAAAGUUCACAAGCUCUUGCAAAAGGGACGCCAUUGGGUGCUGGUCGUCCUGCUCCUUAGCAACGUCGUCAUCAACGAGAGUUUACCUAUCUUCCUUGAUAGUGCCAUCGGUGGGGGUAUAGCAGCUGUGGUUAUCUCUACUACAGCCAUUGUCAUUUUCGGAAUUAUUCCACAAGCGGUCUGCGUACGACACGGACUCGCUAUCGGCGCGAGGUGCGCGCCUUUCGUGCUUUUCCUAAUGUAUAUACUAUCUCCCGUCGCUUAUCCCAUUGCCAAGCUUCUUGAUCGCGUGUUGGGAAAGAGCGAGACGCACACCUACAAGAAAGCGGAAUUGAAAUCUUUCCUUCAGUUCCAUCGCACAGGAGAAGAACCUCUGAGAGACGACGAAAUCUGCAUACUCAACGGGGUACUGGAGCUCAACAACAAGAAUGUGGAGAGCAUCAUGACGCCAAUUUGUGAUGUGGUGACUCUGAGCUCGGAUACUAUCUUGGACCACGCAACAGUGGAAGCAAUACUCACGAGUGGAUAUUCUCGAAUCCCGAUUCAUGAACCAGCUGAUCCACUAGCCUUCCAAGGUUUGCUUCUCGUCAAGAAGCUCCUUACCUAUGACCCGUCGAAAUGUUUACCAGUAUCCCACUUUAAGCUCUCCAUUCUUCCCGAAGCACAUCCUUCUAUAAAUUGUUUUCAAGCGUUGGAUUACUUCCAAACCGGGCGCGCGCACUUGCUCUUGAUCAGUCAUACGCCAGGCAUAGCGGGUGGUGCUAUCGGUGUGAUCACACUCGAAGACGUCAUCGAAGAAAUCAUAUCCGAAGAGAUCGUGGACGAGACAGAUCGAUAUGAAGACAACCAAAGCAAGAGGCAAGCCAAGCGCUUGACCACCGCCGCAGUGAUGCGAGGUAUCGUAGAACGAGACCGUAGCCUGGCGCGCUCGACACCAGCAGAACUGCGCACACCCCUACUUCCUAUCUCUCCUCAGGCCGGAACGCCCCCGCGUAGCGGUUACGGGACGCUCAGUGCAUCUCUCAAACGUUGACCUAUUAUCUACACGUCUCCGUUGACAAUACGGUCGCGAAUCAUCUUUCGAACUGCAAAGUUGGGUUGGGGUUGUAAUAUCUAACGCAUAGAAGUUGUCGUGUCACAUAUCCGUUGUGUCGCUUUACUGUUUUCACAGCCUACGCAUGUUUCUAGCUAUCGAGUCUGUCGGUGCUAUUCUUGGGUUUCGUUGGCGCGUUUAUCAUCCAAUUCGCGAACUCUAUCCUACGUUGAGGGUGGUAAGAGGGGCUGAGAGCUGAGAGCGUGAUGCGAGUCUUACUUCUAACGCAAACAAAUGAGAGUCGAAGGACGCAGGUGCGAGUUUCCUGACAGAAUCUGCCAGCUGGUAUAAGUAGUCCUGUAUGAAAAGACGAGGUCGUUCGCAUGUAUAGGUAGUUUCCAGUGUCCCGAACCCACCUUGUUUCUCCCCGACGGUCCGACCGAUCUCCAGAUGCGAUCCGCGAGAGCCUCCAGAGGCUCUGAACCCAC